CUAAACUCCAUAGAAAUAAAUACGUGAGUCGACGGUCAGAACGAGUUCGUGUUGUUGCCGGCCGCUCUACGUUUGCUGUGCUACAUUUGCAGCUGCCAGUGCCGCAGGUAUCGCACCUGUACCACAGUUGCGUGGCUUCAUGUCGUACGAACUGCCGUAUGCGAUGGCGUAAUGGGACACGUCGUGGAAGAGGCCGAGCAAGAAGGUCGGCCAUGCAGGUUGGGCGCAGGCUCUGACCGUGAAAAUUCAUCCAUGCCUCAACUCCACCAAUUGUAAGACGGACCAUGGACGAGCUUAGACCCAGAGGUCCUCCCGCCAGGCCGGCAAGGACAGCCUGGAUCUCAACUUCAGUGCUACUGAAACGGUGGUUUAGUACUUACACUACGAACGAGGACUACAGCCACUGCGCCAGGACCCCAUCACUCCUGCGGAGGAUCUGCGCCAGAUCUCGCUGGUUCAGUGAUGGUUUGGCUUUCACCAGAAUCACAACCCUUGCCAUAUUUUGCCCAUCCGUGUGUCACUAUAGUUCGAUGACGCAAGCAGAGGGAGCCGAGGUGCAUACGAGGGGUUUGCUGGCAGCCCGGGUAGGACAGAACAUGAUCUUGUUGAGCGACCUUCCAGGAGCUGUUAUGCACCCCAGGCCUGGGCCAGCGAUGCAGACAGAGUACCAAUGUUCUUCGAGGACGGCAGGAUUUUUCGGUCGUCAUAUCGCACCUAAGGCUGUGUUUGAUCAUAAAAAAAGAGAUUUCACUGAUCGAACUUAACUAGGAGAUAUGGAGAACGGCAUCCAAAGUACAAAUCUCGCAGAGAAUCUGGUCUUUCGUGGCGUUCAAAUGUGUCAUCCGAGUGACUGCUUGCGCCCCACCACCGAAGCCUGUUUGGUUCAAAUUGAAGACUCGUGGAUUCGUGUCC